AUGGACACGUCAGUUGCCCUUGAGCCUAUAUGCAAGGAAGCUGUUGAUCUGGAGAACAUCCCUGUUGAAGAAGUCUUUGAAAAUUUGAAAUGCACGGCCGAGGGUCUCAGUUCUGUUGAGGUGCAACAGCGGUUGGAGGUGUUUGGUUACAACAAGCUUGAAGAGAAAAAGGAAAGUAAACUGCUCAACUUUCUGGGAUUUAUGUGGAACCCUUUGUCUUGGGUUAUGGAAGCAGCUGCACUAAUGUCCAUAACUCUUGCACAUGGAGGCGGAAAGGGUGUAGAUGUUUAUGACUUCGUGGGCAUCCUGGCACUACUUAUUAUCAAUUCAACAAUAAGCUUUAUAGAGGAAAAUAAUGCUGGAAAUGCAGCUGCAGCCCUUAUGGCACGACUGGCUCCAAAAGCCAAGGUUUUACGAGAUGGAAAAUGGAGUGAGGAAGAUGCUUCUGUGCUGGUUCCUGGAGACAUUAUUAGUAUCAAAUUAGGAGAUAUAAUUCCUGCCGAUGCUCGUUUGCUUGAAGGAGAUCCUUUAAAAAUUGAUCAGUCUGCCCUUACAGGAGAGUCACUCCCAGUAACUAAGCAUUCUGGUGAUGGAGUAUACUCUGGGUCAACAUGUAAACAAGGUGAACUCGAAGCAAUUGUCAUUGCAACUGGAGUACAUACCUUCUUUGGAAAAGCUGCCCAUCUUGUGGAAAGCACGACACAUGUUGGGCACUUUCAGCAGGUCUUAACAGCUAUUGGAAACUUUUGCAUUUGCUCAAUUGCCGUUGGAAUUGCGAUUGAAAUAAUUGUCUUAAUAAGUCAAGGGAGAUCUUAUCGUCCUUCAAUAGAUAACCUUCUUGUUCUACUUAUCGGCGGCAUCCCAAUUGCUAUGCCAACAGUUCUGUCUGUCACCAUGGCCAUUGGUUCUCAUCGUUUAGCUCAGCAGGGUGCAAUCACAAAGAGAAUGACAGCUAUUGAAGAAAUGGCUGGGAUGGAUGUGCUCUGCAGUGAUAAAACAGGAACUUUAACUCUCAACAAAUUAACCGUGGACAAGAAUCUCAUAGAGGUUUUUGCCAAAGGUGUUGAAAAGGACACGGUUGUAUUGAUGGCCGCAAGAGCUUCAAGGUUGGAGAAUCAAGAUGCUAUUGAUGCUGCAAUUGUUGCAAUGCUAGCUGAUCCUAAGGAGGCUCGAGCUGGAAUUACAGAAAUUCACUUCCUUCCAUUCAAUCCAACUGAUAAGAGGACAGCACUUACAUACAUAGACCAAGCUGGUAAAAUGCACAGAGUGAGCAAAGGUGCACCAGAGCAGAUACUCAAUUUGGCAUGGAAUAGAUCAGAUAUUGAGAAAAGGGUACACUCAGUGAUUGACAAAUUUGCAGAGCGUGGACUUCGAUCCCUUGCUGUUGCUCAGCAGGAAGUUCCUGCUGGUACAAAAGACAGUCCUGGUGGACCUUGGGAGUUUGUUGGUCUUCUCCCACUGUUUGAUCCACCACGCCAUGACAGUGCUGAAACUAUUAGAAGAGCUUUAGAUCUUGGUGUGAGUGUUAAAAUGAUCACAGGUGAUCAACUGGCAAUUGGGAAAGAGACAGGGAGACGGCUUGGGAUGGGUACAAACAUGUAUCCAUCAUCGGCGUUGCUUGGUGAAAAUAAGGAUGGCUUAGAUGCAACUCUAGGAGUUGAUGAGCUCAUUGAGAGUGCUGAUGGUUUUGCUGGUGUCUUUCCUGAGCAUAAAUACGAGAUCGUGCAGCGAUUACAAGGUAAGAAACACAUAGUUGGAAUGACGGGUGAUGGAGUUAAUGAUGCACCUGCAUUGAAGAAAGCAGACAUUGGAAUUGCUGUAGCAGAUGCCACAGAUGCUGCUCGUAGUGCAUCUGACAUAGUACUGACAGAACCUGGGUUGAGUGUAAUUAUUAGUGCUGUUUUGACAAGCCGUGCAAUCUUUCAAAGAAUGAAGAAUUACACAAUAUAUGCCGUCUCCAUAACAAUACGUAUUGUCCUGGGUUUCUUGCUGCUUGCUGUAUUCUGGAAAUUUGAUUUCCCUCCUUUUAUGGUCCUCAUCAUUGCCAUUCUUAAUGAUGGUACUAUUAUGACAAUAUCCAAAGACAGAGUUAAGCCAUCUCCAGUUCCUGACAGUUGGAAGCUCAGUGAAAUAUUUGCAACUGGGAUUGUCUUAGGCAGUUACCUCGCCGUGACGACAGUUGUGUUCUUCUAUAUCACUUAUGAAACUCAAUUCUUUCAGAAAAAAUUCAAAGCAGAUGAUAUCUUCAAUGGGCCGCUCUAUUAUACAAAAAAGAGUCUCAACGAGCCACUAAAUGCAAAGCUAGCAUCUGCCGUGUACCUUCAAGUUAGCACCAUCAGCCAGGCUCUAAUUUUUGUUACUCGCUCCAGAGGGUGGUCAUUCACAGAAAGACCUGGUCUUCUUCUUGUUAUUGCUUUCAUAGUUGCUCAACUGGUUGCAACAGCAAUAUCUGCUCAAGCAACGUGGGAAUUUGCUCGAAUUCAAGCCAUCGGCUGGCGUUGGUGUGGAAUCAUAUGGUUAUACAACAUUCUCAUCUAUAUGCUACUUGAUCCUAUCAAGUUUUUUGUUCGAUAUGCGCUCAGUGGGAGGGCAUGGAGUUUGGUAUUGAACAAAAGAACGGCUUUCAACACCCAAAAGGACUUCGGUAAAGAAUUUCGUGAGGCUGCAUGGGCUGCUGAACAGCGAACGGUUCAUGGCCUCCCAUCCGAGUCAAGGAACAUCCCUGAGAGGCACACAUUCAGGGACGUUAGCAUCAUGGCUGAAGAAGCCAGGAGACGUGCAGAGAUUGCAAGACUGAGGGAGCUUCACACUCUGAAGGGGAAGGUCGAGUCCUUUGCAAAGCUAAGGGGUUUAGAUAUCGAAGUGAACCCACAUUACACACUCUAAGUCAUUUUCUGGUGUACUUUUGGAUAUUGUAGUUUCCCUCUCGCUUUGACCAUUUUGAUCUUUUUCCUUUCCCUUUAUUCUUGAUCAUUUUUCCUUAUGUUGUAUGGGUUUGA